AUGGUUAUCGGAGAAAACGGGAAAUUAUUUGUGAAAUCAUGUAACGAAAAGAUCUACCAGGAGACUACUUUACUUCCACCAGCAGACACUAGGAUGAGGAAUAUCUAUAGUAGACUAUGGAAACUGCCUACUUUACCAAGGAUUCAUCAAUUCAUGUGGAAAGCCAUCUCCAAACUUACUAAAGAUGUGCUUGGUAGCGCAAUUGUUGGUGAUGAUGUUUUAUGUCCCUUGUGUGAACUUCAAACGGAAACCGCAGGACAUCUGAUUAUGCACUGCAACUUUUCAAGAGCAGUUUGGUUUGCAGUUAUUGGUUGGACAUCUAAUAACAAUGGUACACUAUCGGAAUGGACACUCAGUUGGUUCGAUAGCCUGCACAGUAGAACAAUUAUAGAGAAUGACUUAGUUAAAAGAGCAAUCAUCGCUUGGAGUAUUUGGACAGAGAGAUGUGACAAAUCUUUCAACGGUAGCAAUGUUGGCCCUGAAGUGAUCAUUCAGAGAUGCAAGAAUAUAAUUGAAGAACAUUCGAACAUGAUUGCAAACCCAUUACACAUUACUCCUAGAGUUAAUCGUCAAAAUGUUCACUGGAUCCAUCCUCCUAUAUAUUGUUUGACUACAAAUUGUGAUGGUUCCUUUGAUUCAACUAACUUUUUGGGUGACAUUGGUCUAAUAAUUAGAAAUUCUGCAGUGCAAUGGGCUAAGGAAUUAAAGCUUGAACGAGUUCACUUUGAAAUGGACGCUAAAGUGGUUGCAGACGCUGUCGACAACGACAAUAGUGCCAUCGAUUGGAGACUACAUCACAUUGUUCAAGAUAUUAAGAAUUUAUUUUCAACUUUUAGUUCUUGGAAACUCUCUUAUGUUCCAAAAGAGAGGAGUAAAGUAGCUGACAUGUUAGCCAAAAUGUCUAGAACAAAUAUAAUUUCUUUGUCUUGGGGAUGUUCCCCUCCACCUGUAAUUUCUAAUCAAGUUGCGGUGGAUUGUUCUCAUAUAACUAAUCAUAGAACGGGUAUCAAGAAGCUUAUAUCCUCAAAAGGUCAACAGCAUCCAGAUAGGCAGGAGCGUGGUAAUUCAUGGCUAAUUGGGUCCGUAAAUUCAGUUUCAGCAGCAGCUGCAACAUCGAAUAACUCUUAA